UUUUUGCUCCAGCUGAACACAAUGUUUCUUGCGACACCAAGUCGAGCUGUGGCGCCUGUCCCACAACUGGCACGGGCUUGGCAAAGACCUAAACUCGGUCAACACCGGCUGGCGGCCAGCUGUGCUGCGGUCCUGGCUUCGAGCCGUCUUCGGCGAGUCACCAUGUGCACAAACCAGUGAUGGCACGCGUUGGCCUGUGGUGCUCUCAGUGACCUGCCACCCACCUCACUUCCAUGCUGCAUGAGGAACUCGUGACCGGCGGCGAACUCUGGUCAUGACAAGCUCACACAACCUGCAGGCAAGGCGAAUGGAGCAACUUCACUCUCGCGGCCCAAAGGUGUGAGCCACCAAACCCUUGUGUUAGGCGCACGCGAGGUGCUGGCUUGUCCAGGUGUUUGGCCCCCCGGAUUUUGGGCCCAUAGUCCCACAGCUCACAUCGAUCUGCGAUGCGGCUGAUAACAUAGUUUUUGGAAAACCGCCAGCUUUAACCAACAUGUAUGUGCCCACCCCAAGCGUGCCCUGCAGCUAGGAAAGCAACAGCAGGGACAAACUGGACGCACCGGCCCUAAGGGCAGCCGGUAUCAAACUACAAGAAAAGGAUACACACUUAGCAACAACAGUCUCAACGUAGUCCAAGAUGGUUUGACAUUUUAGAGGCACUUUCUAUGGAGGAGUGAUGACAAAGAAUGCUUUCUCUGGUUUGCCUCAUUGUCAAAGUUCUCCAGCAGACCCAGGUUUUGGCAACGCCCGAUGCCUGACAAAGACUUGCCAGAGCCACUCCGUGCCAGCGAUGGAUUGAGUGCAGAUGCUGCACCUGAAGAUGUCUUUACCCAUGAUACUAUCACCAACAGGAUGCCAAAGAUUUUAGAUUCGGUCCUAGCAAAGCUUCCAGCUGAAUUCCAAACAGCUCCCGUUGUUGAAGGUGUGCGCAGACUGCAAGAGGAAAUGAGAAGCGAUGCUCAGUUGAAGUUCUUGAUGAGCGGCAGUGCUAGAGUGGGGUCGAAGUCGUGGAAUCCGCAUCUUUCGGAGUUUAUUGAGAAAGGUGAAGGAUGGCACACAGCACCUUGGUGGCUCGUGGAGAACUACAUGUACAAGCGCCUUUUGGAGGAGUUGGAGAACUGCGCUGAGGCCACCAGCUAUGACCCGUUUGAGCCGGUGAAGUUUCAGGCGUUGGAGCAAGCGGAGGAAUCGUUGCAGGCGUCCCUAGCACCACUGAUGGAUGUUGUCGCUGAAGCAAAGAGCUCUGAGAAGGUCAAAGAUGCUUUAGAUGCAACCAUUCUCAGAUCUUUGUGGGGCAACCAAGCCGAUUUGUCACUAAGCGCUGGUGAAGUUGCAGCCGUCAAGGGGGGCGCGGUGGACAGCUUGGUCUCUGACCACCGUGGCGUUGCGGUGGAAUUGCUGAGCAGUGCGACAGACGUCAUUGUUGUCCUGGACAACCAUGGCCUGGAAGUUCUUUGCGAUUUGGUGUUGGUGGAUAGUAUCCUGCGACUCACAACCGCGUCCGUGACCCUACAUGUCAAAGAUGCCCCUGUUUUCGUAUCUGAUGUGACCCAGAAGGAUGUGCCCGAGGUGCUGCAGUGGCUGGAGCCCCGAUUGCCAGUGCUCGCUGAGAGGCUGAAGCAGAGCCAAGCGGAUGGUCGGCUGAGGGUAAAGGCCCACGACUUUUACACUGGAGGCAGAGCAUUCUGGGAACUGCCCCAAGACUUGCAAGAGGAUUACGCUGAGGCAGUGGUGAUUCUGAAAGGUGACGCAAACUACAGGAGACUCCUAGGUGACUUGCACUGGCCGUAUGACACGGACUUUGUGGACUUUGCCAGGAGUUUCUGGAAAGGGAAAGGGCUGAUUUGCUUGCGGACCAUGAAAAGCGGUGUUGCUUUGGGCAUCAGUGAAGGCGAGCAAAACAGGGCGAAGUCGGCCCACCCCGAUGAUUGGCUCACAUCAGGGACCUACGGACAAGUUCUUGCAUUUCAACGAUGAACAUAUGUUGUCAAUCAUUACGCUUGAUCCGGAGAGAUCACCGAAGAAAAUUGAUAAGAGUCUCUGUGGGGUGAUGGAUCGUGGUCCAUCAGCGACACAAAGGUGUUUACGGAAAUUGAAAGGCAUGAAGCGAGAGCUAAACCAGAGCAAUCCGUGACCUUUGUUUGAUUCCUGUGAUAUUGGUAUGCUUUUGAUGCCGCCUACAAAUGCGCGUCCAAAGAUUAUCGCAGACCUUGCCUUUUGUUCACGAGGUGAUUCUCAACAGGGUGGUUGCUUUGUUUCCAGCAUCAGAACUCACUUGGGCCAGCACUACUGUAGAGGCUGCAAGUGCUUACCGCCCCAGCCAGCAUGUCUCGCAGCAUCGGGGUCAGUCUUUGCUCACAGGAACAGCCCAAGCCUUCACAACGAAUUUGGAAGGGGCUCCUGAAUCGAUAUACCCACUUUAUCAUCGAUUCUUUCGAAACUGCCCUUCCGAAAUACACUGGCCUUAUCUC